GCACUUCUGCCGUCCAAGUCCCAUUCCAAUGGCUACACGUAAGAAUGAAUGUCUCGCGUAUUGCUCGUGUAGGGAUAUAAAUACAAACCCGUCGCAUUCCUUCUCUCAAUGAUGCCCCUCAUGUUCUCCUUGCUCUUGGGUGUCCUAUACGCCCUAGCGCCUACAGUCUGGGGAAAAGUUUCUCAGCGUGCCACGCUAGGAAACAAGCUCACUUCCAAUGGCACAGAAAUACCGUAUUCGAUGAAUGUCACAGAUUGUCCAGGAUACAUUCUAUGGUCGCUUCAAGAGUCUGACAUUGGUCUCACUGCGCAACUCACACUCGCUGGACCAGCAUGUAAUGCUUUUGGACUAGAUAUCUCAGACCUCACCAUCGAAGUCACUUACCAGUCACAGUCCACUUUGCACGUCAAGAUUUAUGACACUGCCAACCAACAGUUCACAAUCCCCGAGUCGGUGAUCGAACGACCUGCCGCGCCAACGACAUCUUACACGGGCAGCUCUGACCUGAUAUUCAACUACGAUGCAAUGCCUUUCGCAUUUUGGAUCACGAGACGGUCUGACCCGGACGCAAUGCCAUUGUUCGACACGAGAACUUCAUCGCUGCCAUCGACACCUAUUCCACCUUUCAAUGCAUCUGACCCAAGCACUGCAUUCGAUGGCUUUCCUCUUGUAUUCGAAGAUCAAUAUCUUCAGGUUGCUUCCGCUCUGCCGUAUGGCACCAACAUCUACGGUUUGGGUGAAGUCAUUGCCAGUAGUGGAUUUAGACGCGACAUUGGGACAGAUGGGGGCGUAGGCACUAUUCAAACGCAAUGGAGUCUCGGAGUUGCGGAUCCCAUCGAUCAAAACUUGUAUGGCUCCCACCCUAUUUAUGUCGAACACAGGUACAAUGCGACAACCGGAAAGGCGUCUGCCUCUGGGGUUCUUUUGCUUAGUGCUGCGGGUUCAGAUAUUUUCCUGCAGACACCCACGAACUCCAAGGUGUCUUUAAUCGAGUACCGUAUAAUUGGCGGCAUCCUGGACUUUUACUUCUUUUCUGGUCCCUCGGAUGCAGAAGUCAUUGCCCAGUACGGUUCAGUUAUCGGGUAUCCUAUGUGGCAGCCGGCGUGGGGCUUCGGGUUCCACCUUUGCAGAUGGGGGUACCACAAUGUCAGCGAUGACAGAGAAAACGUCGCGCAGAUGCGCGCUGCAGGUAUCCCCCUGGAAGUCCAAUGGAAUGAUAUUGACUUGUACCAUGCUGUCCGUGACUUCACUACUGACCCAGUGAGUUUCCCUGGGGAUGAAGUUCGUGAGUUCAUCCAAGAGUUGGCCGCGAAUCAUCAACAUUAUAUCCCUAUUGUUGACGCAGCUAUCGCUGUCACAAGGAAUUCAACUGACGUCUAUGAUCCAUUCACACGGGGCGUCGAAGAGGAUGUGUGGAUUAAGAAUCCAGACGGGUCUCUAUACGUUGCCGAAGUCUGGCCUGGGUAUACCGUUUUUCCGGACUGGUUCAGCGAAAACAUGCUCUCCGUAUGGACCGACAGUCUCAGAAACUGGACAGACAUGGGUGUAGAAUUCUCCGGUAUUUGGCUCGACAUGAAUGAACCAAGCACAUUCUGUAGCUACUCGUGUGGGACCGGCGCGAACUUCUCUUCCGUCGGUCCCCUGACCGAUUUCAGCUCGGUGGCUAUUGGAUAUCCUGAAUGUUACAACGAUACACUCUGGGGACCUAGCGGGAACAUGACGAUUAACGGAACCUCGACAUAUUCAUGCGCAGCAAACUCGACCACUACGACGGCGAUAGACAACUUAAACAAGCGGGGUGUCGGCGCAGGUACUGAGCAAGGUAUUGAUCUCAACAGCCCUCCAUAUGCUAUCCAUAAUGCGGCCGGAUCCCUUAACCAACACUCCCUAGCGACGAACGCAACGCACUCCGGCGGAUAUGUGGACCUUGACGUACAUAAUAUGUUCGGGCUGAUGGAGGAAAAGGCGACGAAUCUUGCUAUUCAAUCGAUCCUGCCCGGAAAGCGUCCAUUCCUGAUCAGCAGAUCAACCUUCCCCUCUGCUGGAAAAUGGACCGGUCAUUGGCUUGGCGACAAUUACAGCAAGUGGCAGUACAUGUACCUCAGCAUUCAGGGCGUUCUACAAUUCCAGAUCUACCAAAUUCCGAUGGUUGGCGCUGAUACUUGUGGAUUCAACGAUAACGCCGACGAGGAAUUGUGCAAUCGUUGGAUGCAACUCUCGGCAUUCGUUCCCUUCUAUAGGAACCACAACGCCAUCGGUGCUCUCUCUCAAGAGCCUUACCGCUGGGCAAGUGUAGCCAAUGCAUCCCGCAUCGCCAUCGCUGUUAGAUACGCGCUACUGCCGUACUGGUAUACACUCUUUGCCAACGCCUCCAUGGCUGGUCUUCCGCCUGUCAAGGCGUUGUUUUACGAGUUCCCUGACGAGCCUGAACUGUUCACAGUAGAUAGGCAAUGGCUCAUUGGAAGCGACAUUCUCGUGACUCCAGUCUUGACUCCUGGAGCUACGACCGUCGAGGGUAUCUUCCCCGGUCGCGGUAGCGUAAUUUGGCGCGACUGGUAUACACACGCCGUCGUCAAUGCAACGUCUGGAGGAAACACGACGCUAGACGCUCCCAUCAGCCACAUCAACGUCCAUAUUCGCGACAACUCUGCUCUAUUGUUGCACCAGGAGCCCGGGUACACGAUCUACGAGACUCGCGAAGGUCCCUAUUCGCUCCUUGUGUCCCUCAACGCAGCAGGCACGGCCUUCGGUACUGCAUAUGUGGACGAUGGAAUCAGCUUCCCGCCUGGACCGAGUCGGAGUCUCACUUUCCAGGCUGCUGAUGGCACACUCAAGAUUGAGAGCAAGGGUGAAUAUGCGAUUCUGCAGAAGUUGGAGACGAUCACUGUGCUGGGGGUGCAGAAACCUACCCAGGUGAAGUUCCAGGGAUCGCCGGCUGAAGGGUGGACUUAUAAGGAGGCCACUGAAGAGCUGGUGGUGUCGAAUGCGUCUGUCGACCUUAAUGAACAGUUGACUUUGGCGUGGAGGUAAUUUUCUACCAUGUUUUUUUAACCAUUGGAUAGAUCGCGCAGUGCGUGAUUGUAAACACUUACCGUCGUUUUUGGAACCACCAAAAUUGGAGCAUAAUACGCAUACUUGCAGCUGCUUCAGCAUGAAGACCUCUAUCAUAAUACAAGGGACAGAACUUCGGAUCCACAAAUAUCAGAUUCGACCUGCCCAGAGUAACGUGAUGGAUCGCCUGCGGACAAGUGCAAGUCAGAUCAUGUGCGGCGUGCGCAAUCACCACCGGGAAGUGUUGAAAACGUUCAACGCAUGCCGGCUUUACCUUACUGCAUGCUGUGGAGCUCGAAGAUACGGUCCACAACACGGUUUUCUUGUCAGUUAUGAGAGUUCGUCGAUAUACAGCAUUCCGAGUGUAUUGGUACGAAAGCGCUAGAAA